GCUGCAUCUCGCCGGCUCGUCGCGCGUCUCCCGCCUGCCGUACCUCCCACGCCGCGCCCAGCUUCUCGCGUCGUGCGCAUUCCCCUGCGAGCCAGUAGCGGCGCAUGGCAGCGACAGAGGCGGCCUGGCAGCCGCCGCAAGCCACACUUCGA